UUGUCUCUCCGAUGGAUUAUUCGCCGCCGGAAAACUGCGCCGCCGGGAGGUCGCCGAGGCGGGAGCUGCAAGGGCCGCGGCCGACGCCGCUCAAAGUACGUAAAGAUUCGCACAAGAUAAGAAAGCCUCCGGCGGCGCCGGCGACGCAGCACCCGAAACCUCCGCCACCGCCGCCGGUGAUCAUCUACACCGUGUCCCCCAAGAUCAUCCAUGCAAACCCUAGCGAGUUCAUGGCGUUAGUGCAACGCCUCACCGGCCCGGAGUCCUCCGCGUCCACUUCGUCAUCGUCAGUAGCCGCCGCGCCGCCGCAAUCCGCCGCAUUUCACCAGAACUUUAACAGCUCCGACGUAGGAGGAGUGGUUGACGGCGGAUUUUCCGACCGACCCGGGGUUUUUCCGGCGGGUUUAACGGCGAAUCCGGCUUCUCUCCAGCCAACUCCAAUACCAUCAUCCAACUUUUUCUCUCCGCCGUCAGACCAAAACCUUUUAGGGUUUUUCCCAGAUUUGAGCAACAAGAAUAACUUAGAAACAAGUUUGAUGAUGGCUAAUCCUUCACCUUUCUUCAUCUCACCAAGGAUCAUUUCUCCAGGGACUUCAUCUUUGGAUCUUUUAAGCAAUCUGUUUGACCUUCAACACUACAGCUAG